ACCUGAUGAUGGCGCCGUGCCGGAGAAACAGGGCCGUGAACGCCGCGCAGCUGCUGAGCCGGAGGAGGAGAGGUGUCACCGAUGCUGGGAGCCUGAUCAGACUGAACACGAGGAUCCUCCGAAACAUCCUCCUCCAGGACAACAGGGACUUCAUCAAAGUGUGGAGCAAGACCUCAAAAUCGACCAUCAUGUACGAGAAUGGUAAAAUCUACUUUGAAAACUACCGGAACUGCUACAGCUGUCUUCACUCAGAGCCUCAGGUUUUGUACAAACUGCCUAAAAGGUCUAAAUUGGAGAAAUUUGAAGAUGCCCUGCUGUGUCAGAGCCCACUUGACAAAAGUUUGGCCUCUCCCUCUGAUCAUAAACCCAGUCUCUUGACUUUGACAGCCAAUAACUGGCUGUAUCGCCUUUCAGCUGAAACGGGGAAGGAGCUGCAACGAGUUUACCUCUCUUCAAACCAUAAGUUCAGGUAUCUUGGCUGGGAAGUUUCUCAAGAAACAUUUUAUGUUAAAUCUGUUCAAAACAAAGAAACACCUUUGGAAAGACAAGCAGGUAUCACUCACAAUACAGUGUUGCACUUGGCCAUCUUUCAUGUGUUCCCCUUGCAGAUUGUAGGCAUUGUGGAGAUUAACAGAAAGGUAUUUGGUAAUGGUGUUACCGAUGUUGUUUUGUCUCAAGGUGUCCUGGCUGUGUCUCACAGCAACAAAUCUGUGAAGCUGUACAGCUUUGAACACAUUGUGCAAAGGUACAUGACGGAGAAGUUAAUGCUUGGAGAGCACAGUUCUCUUCUUGGAGGCAAAAAAGUGGGAGAGGCUCCGUUUGGUAUCCCAGUAAACAUAAAGAUCACAGAUUGUCUUCCUGUGCUUUUCGAGGUGUCCUGCACGAAUAAUGGAGUCCAGAUCGGAGGGUACCCGUGGCACUACAUCUAUACACCACCGCAGAAAAAUCACAAGGGAACUCACCGCAUCUGCUCACUCAAGGACAAUAUUAUGGCAACAAAUGGAAUACAAAACAUGAGCUGCAACUCUUUGGAGAAUGACAGUAUCUUCUUUCAUCCUGACGACUCCGGAAGAAUCAUCCAUGUUGGACCAACCACCAUCAAUGUCCUUAAAAUUCUUGAUGAACUGAACAGUAGUUUGCUGUCAAAGGUAGUUAAGGACUUCUCUAUGAUGACCCUUCGAAAUAUCAACCCUACCUCACAAGUCACCGUCACCUCAUCAGGCCGCACAGUGAAGAGAAGAUUUCAGCAGCUGGAUGAUGACCCAGAUCAAGAGACUUUCCGUGUGGUGGAAUACGAGGACGAGCUGGACCUUUUGGCAGUCGUGCUCACUAACGGUGAGGAGGGAGAAGGUAGAGCUCACAUCCGACUGCAUGACAACCAAAGUGGACAGUUACAGCGAAGAAUUGAUCUGCAUGAACCUUGGGAUGAGACGUAUCGGCACGAGUUGUUCUUUGACAAAGACACGAUUGUUCACAUUGAACAGAAGAACGCCAACUUCUGCUGCCAUGUUUACAAACUCAAGGCCAACAGGAAAUAAGUGAUGUAAAUAAAGCUGCUGGAAAGCAUUUAAUAGCUAAUUUUUAUAUUGUGUAAAUAUUUGUUUCAAACGUGUUUUUUUUUUUUUUUUUAUAGUUUUCAGUUUAACUCAAUACUGUUUUUCACCCUCUGAAUCAGUGCGUAACUAUUUGUUUGUGUGUAUUUCACUGGACUGUGUGAAGUGAACUUUUUUUAUACAGUUAAUCUUAAAUUAAAAUGAUAUAUUUUUAAAACUUGCUACGUAUACAUACAUAUUGUCUUUCCACAAUGGUUUUCAAAAUAUAAGUUGUUGACAUGACAUUUCUUGUCUACUUGCUUUCACACGCACAACUCACUUCAGUUAUUGUAUUGCACCAACAAGCUGGUACAACCCGGCUAUGUAUUUAAAAUUGGCAGAUUUUGUUUGUGCCAAGCAGUUGCAGCUUGUUGAAGGUCCCAUCAUAUUUCACAAUCAGCUCUGUACGGUGACUGAUGUGGUCUCUACAAGAAGAGACGGCUUUCUGCCAAAGCUGCAACGGUUUUGACGGUUUAACGUGAGAGAAUUUUGUUUGUGCGUUUUUCUCCAAGCUCUUCCCCACUGGUCUGACUUGUUUGCUUAUGAUACCAGGCAACUGUCAAUCAAAUUAAUAAGCAGUGAUGAAAGAAGCCAAUGCAUCCAGUGAUUCAUGCAAAUAGUCAAGAACCUAGUUGUUUGAAGAGUGAAAACACAACAUCUAAAUAUUACACUAAACAGUGAUUGUGUACAGCUAAGUUUAAGAGAAUUUAAGCUAAGAGAAUUACUUGAGAUUUAACACAUUUUCAGGACCAACACGUUUGUUCGCAAUUUUUUAAGUGAGCUGAUGUAUUGUAGAUCUUAUGUUUUAUUAUUUCCUUCCAUGUUGUCUGUUAAAUACACAGUUGCUGGUUAUUAUGUUAUUGAAACUGUUGUUGAUUAAACUAUAUAAUGAAGUGAA